CCGCUGCGAAGCGCCUCUGUUCAACUGCGCUCUCACUCCUGACGUAUUUACUGACAGCACUGUGAGAGUUUUCACACAAGUCCUCCAGCAGCUCGGUAAUGCGCCUCCGGUCAGAUAAACCGCCUUUUCGCCACAGAGACUGCGCCUUACCGCUCCUCGCCUCUUCGCCAAACCAGAAGCCCCGGGCUGUUUGGAGUGCGCAACGAGCGCGCCUUUCUAAAAGAAUUUCGUUUGCCCCACUCUAAGGACUAGUGAGUCUGCGCUAUGGGACCAGUGCUUGUCCGGGAGCUGGUGCUCUGCUCUCUCCUUGCAUGCUUGACUUGGUUCAGCGUUGGCCUCGCCGGCGCAGAUGGCCGGGUCUUCCUGCAAGAGUUGAGAAAUGGUUCAGAUGGGUUUGAGGCAGCCUCAAGUUCAUGUGGACAUCAAGGUGCUCGAAUGGCAUCUGCAAUGGAACUUCGCCAUGCUGUUGUGGAGUGCUCAUUUUCUGCCUGUGCACGUGGUUGGCUAUCUGGUCCCAGUAUUGGGACAACAGUGUGCAGAAGCAUCUCUGGAAGCUUACGAGCAGUGGACAUGCAGGUGGAGAAUGUGACUGAGACGUUUGAAAGACUGGCUGUGUUCUGUGUGAAAGACUCUGGUGCUCCAUGUGGAGGUCCACCCUCAUUUCCUAAUACACGUCUGCAAGGACAGACAGGCCUGGAGCUGGGUGAUGAGCUUCUAUAUGCAUGCAACCCAGGAUACAUUCUGCCCAGUGGAGAGACAGCUUUCAGCCUGUUGUGUGACAGCUGUGGAGAGUGGUAUGGCCUGGUGCAGCUCUGUGUAAAAGAUAAAGCUGAGGCCUUCAUUGAUUAUGAAGACAAGCUCUCCGAUGACCAUCAUCUCUAUGAUGGCCUAGAAGAGGUGCAUCAUGUGAUCCCUAGGCCUACUGAUCAUGGAGAGGAGGAAGAAUCUACUCCUGAGCCAGACCUUUUAGAGCCAGUCAUGGUAGGGGAAGGAGUGGACAGUAUUGAGAAAACCUCUGCAGUGUCUGUAACAGAGCCUCCAGUAUCUCAACUUAGCCAGAAACACAUGUUUUGGUUCCCUUCAGAGGCUUUCCAGGAAGAGGAGCAACCUCUCAUUACCACAGGCACACCUAUUAAAGACCCCACCCAAGAGGAGAAUUAUAUCUCUCCCAAGACUGGUGAACACCAGACAGAGCCUGAGAUAACUACAGAGGAUCACGAUGGGGUGUAUAUGACACACUCUCCAACUGACAAACCUGCCAUUCACAGAGUAGGCAGCACAGUGGAGUCAUGGCUUGAUGGAUAUCCUAUUCCCCAGGAGGAGGAGAGAGCAGGUGGAGAGUCUACAGGGGAGACAGUACCAGUGCAAAGAGUAGAUAUGGAGAGUGUGACAGACAGUUCAAAGGUGGAGGAUUUUAAAAGUGUAACUGAUGUACCAAAAGAAGCAGGUCUAGGAGGUGGUGUCCACAGCCACCAAAAGGAACCAACAGAAGGUGUGUCUAAGAUUUCUGAAAAGCAAGAGUUUAGUAAAGUAACUGAUCAUCAUGAUGUUGGAGUUAAGAAUGUAACUGAAGCUUUUUGGGGAGUGUACAAUAAAGAGGAAGAGUUUCAUGGUGUGACUGACAAGCCUCGAGGAGAAGUUUCUGACGUAGUGUCGAUUCUUUCAGAAGAUAGAUAUUUAGUUACAGAGGCACCAAAAUUAAAGAAGGUCGAAGGAGAAGCCAAGAGACCACUGGAGGUGGAACAUGAAAAUGGAGAUUUACCAUUUCAUGGUACAAUCAACAGUAUUAAUGAUGUUGAAUUGAGCCCCACACCUUUAAUCAUCCACUCUCAGAACACAGCUGGUUUAGAUGAGACAAUGCAUAAAAACACACCUAGCACUGCUCCUGAGAAUGUCAGCACCAGCCAAGUGGGAUUAGGCUUUGAACACACUACUACACCUUUAGGAAUGGCACCAAUAGAAACCACACCUGCUUCCCUAGAUCGUGUCAUUAGCAAUGUUGCCACACCUACAGUGAGUGUCUCUUGGAGAACCAAAGAUUUUGACCAUUUUGUGGCUCACACUCCCACUGUCGAUGAUGAUGUACUUGUAGAAAUCCAUAAAAACCAGAGUAUGCUGGAUGGAGACGUGAACCGUAGCCUAGAUCAAACAGAAGAUGAUGGAUCUUGCACUGUACACCCUUGCCACUUAGCUGGCCAUGGGCCAACUAUUGCUGCAAUCAUUGUUAGCAUUAUAGCAGCAAUUGUGGGUGUGGCCUUGGGUGUAUGGUGUUACAAAAGAAGGCAACAGAAGACCUCUCACUAUCAGCUGAAUGGAACUAAUAGACAAACACAAUGCAUUGAACUCCAGCAGACUGUGUAACCCAACAUGCAUUGCAUACACAAACACCAAGUAUGUUUGAACAUUAUGAAGUACAUGCACCUUCAUACACACUACUAUACACACAAGGUUACUGCCUAGUUAAGAGAUUUCUGUGCAGUAAGAGAAUUGCUUUAAUGCUUUGUUAAAGGUUUUUUUUUUUUUUUUGGCAUGUUUGCAGUGCAGCGUGUGUCUGUGUGUCUGUGUGUUAUUUCCUGUUAUACCUGCUUAUAUAUGAUUUCUAAUUAUUUCAUUGUGGAUUUCUUUUCAUUGUGUGGACUGCAUUUGAAAGGAUAUUGAUGUUUGCGUUUGAGACGCUAGAUGCUUGUUGAUAUUUGAAUUUUACAGGAUUAUAAUGUUUUUUGAAGAAAUCUGUCUAUCAACCUUAGCAGAUUUAAUAUAAUGUGACAAGUUUAGUGUUUGUACACUGAAUAUAAAUGCAAAAAAUGAGUGUUCAGACAAACAGAAACAGUUAAAUUGUAAGAUCAGUAUUACAGUAAGUCCUUUAUCAGUGAAACAUGUAUGAAAUUGGUUAUAUAUACUGCAUAUUCAACCUUGUUUUAAUAUUUACCCUUCCCUUACAGUACUUCAUAUAGGGUUAUAGCACAUGCGCCAAUCACACACGUGAGCCAAAAAACAUGGUACAAAAUGGUAAGAAAUAGUAAAUCUGAAAGACAUCAACUUUAAUUAUACAUUUUUAUGUAUAAUUAAAUAAAGACAGUACAUAAUUAUAAUGUGCCACAGGCUUUCAUAAGAAUCAACAUUGGCAGAAAGGCCAGAGAGGUAAUCAGUACUAGAGAACAGGAAUAGGCAGUCACAGAGACACCAGCGAACAGGCUGGAUCUCAAAUAACCAAAGAAGUAUACUAUGUAAUGUACUGUAAGAACCUUUAAAGUACAUACCUAACUACUAACAAUUCCAUGAACAAUGAAUUUGUAAAAUGAUUGAAAAUUUGGAGCCAGAAGUGAUACAGCGCAAGAGAGGACCAAUAAGCUGUAGAGCAAUCAGUGUUGUGUCAGUGUUGUGUCAGUGUUGUGGUGGAGACUCUGUGGCAGUUACAUUUUUAGCUUGAAUCAGUAUAGGUAAAGGUAAAGUAUUUUUGUGGAUGCUAAGAAGCGAUUUACAUGUUUUGGGUGUAACAAAGGCAUUUAUGUUUUAUUGUUUUUGUCAAGCACUUUUCUUCGACCAGCAGAUGCCAUUGACUGAUUUCCUUAUCAGUUCUUUGUUUUUAAUCAGAGUAAAAUUUAUUGUAGAGCUUUUCACAUUUUGUGAUUAACCAGUACUGAAGUGUGCAUGUUAGCUAGAUAGGUAAUCUUCUAUCUGUAUUUUCAAGUGUCCUAAUAGCCAUCUUUAAAAUUAUUGCAUAUUGUUUUUACUAAGUCAAAGUAACAUUUUUUAGCACACUUUCGAGUGUUGUGAAUGUACUUCUGGAUGAAAAAUGUUAAAUAAAUUGUUUGUUUAAGAAGUUAGAUUUUUAGUGGCCAGAUGGCUAUUUAAAUGUCAAUUGUAUUCUUAUAAAUGGCAUGCUUAUCAGCUUAAACAUUGUUUAUAAAUGUCUUUAAAAUUGAAUUUUACAAUUGGUUGAAUGAACAAAGUAUUUUUACUACAUGCCAUAAUAUUGACUAUUUAAAUUAUUUUUCCUAAGAAGUAGAAUGCCGGGGUGAGGUAGUGUCUUUAUUUUUAGUUUAGGCUCAAUGUAAUUCAGAAACACAUGUGUGCUAAAUGCCAAUAUGACACAAAGCCUUUAUUUACAAUCAUAGUUGGUGCUAUUAUUUAGCAAAUAUGGUUUGCCAGAGCUGAUAUCAACUUGCCUGUGAAUACUUCUCAAUGUUGUGCACCAGUUUCUAUCUAGUAUUGGUCUGUUUUCUAUUACACAACAGCUCCAUUUGUACACCAAAUACCUGUAGACUAAUUUCCUGACAAGUCCCUGUGACUAGGCAGACUCCCAGCGUGUUACUAGUAAUACGUUUGAUAGUGACGUUCUUUAAUUAAGUACAUAGGCAUGCUAUAUCACUGCACGUAUUUAAGCUAAAAUGGAUUUAUAGUCUGCAGGUAUAAUGGCCUUUUCCUACAAAGAUCUUUUUGCCUGCUAUUUUUUUUUUAUUUUGCCUAUGAAAUUAUAUGCAUGUUUUGAUCAAUGACAUUUCCUUUUAGGAUUUUGUAAUUUAUCAGGACAUUUAUCAGAUUAUUACAAAUUUAUUAGUGUUUAAUACAUCUUCAGAGAGAAGCUCCAAGCUUUAUUAUAGCAUCUGACUGCUGCACUUGUGUGACAAACUAACUGAACAACUACAAAUAAAAUCCACUUAAUUAAUUUG